UCCUUAAAUCUCAUUUAGUUCUUCUGUUUCCCCCCCUCGCCUCAGGACACUCUCAAGCCAGCCUUCACCGUGGCCAGUCUCCCUGGCAACACGAGCACGUCGACCGCCACCACCUCCACCAGCAUGCAGGCCAGCAGCAGCUCCUCCUUCCCCAUCACCAACUACCUGGCCCCCGUUUCCGGGGGGGCGGCCAGCGCCAACGGCACGCUGCUGAAGGCCGCCGGCGCACACGGGGGGGUCAUGCAGCUGCCCAGCGGCUUCACCUUCAUGUCAGCCGGCACUCCGUUCCCCCCCCUGGGCCAGCUGCAGCAGCACUCCCUGGCCAUCCAGGGCCAGCAGGGCCCGGCCAUCGCCGCCACCGCCGCCCAGUCGCAGACGGGGCAGGGCCAGCAAAUCUUCAGGCUGCCCGCCGCCGUCUCCCUCACAGGUGGAGCCAUGGGUCAGCAGCUCCAGGCCAUACAGGUGCACCCCACCACCCAGUCCAGCUCCAUCAGCUGCAGCGACAACCCGGAGAUCUCCCAGGCAACCACCACGGCCACAGUCAGUCUCCCGGCAACCAUUGUGACGUCGUCAAUGCCGACCUCCAUGGCGGGUCACAUGAUGUACUCCAGCCCCCACACAGUGAUGUAUGCCUCAGCGCCCACGCUUGCCGAUGGGGGGCUGGCAGUCCUCAACGCCUUCUCCCAGGGGUCCUCUGCCAUGCACGGCCAGGCCCAGGACUCAGGUGCUGUCCCUCAGGUGUUCCUCACGGCGCCCCCCGGCACAGUGCAGAUCCCCGUGUCAGCGGUGCAGCUACACCCAGUACGGCAAGAUCUCCACUUUACAAAUGGUGAUUGGACAGCAGUCCAGCGGCAGCAGCAAUAAUCUGACAGAACUGCAAGUUGUCAACCUGGACGCCCAGCACAACAGCAAAGGCGACUGAGGCACUGGCUAGGCAGCCACUGAGCUGGACUGUCCACACUAUUUAUUGAUGCCUUUUCACCUUUCAGAAAUGUUUCAUUCUUCAUUUGUUAUACACCUUUUGUAAGUGAUUUUCAUUUCUGGUUUUAUUUUAUUUUAUUUUUGUUUGUUUUGUUUUCUGUUGUACAGGACGUACUGUAAAUGUGUGUGCACACUGGAGUGUUGGAGUGCAUGACUUGAUGAAAUUGGAACUGAAUAGGACUCUCUCCUUUUAAAGGGCAUUAUUCAAUUCCGGUUCUGUGUCUUGCCCAAUUUAAUGUGCUGUAAAAGAAAUGAAAUGGAGUGCCCUUCCCUCCCCCCAUAGAAAACACUAACACGUGGAUAACCGUACACCUCCCUGCCUGUGUGCGUGUGUGUUUGUGUGUAUGAGUGCGUGCGUGCGUGUGUGUGUGUGUGUGCAAGUAUGUGUGUGCGUGUGUAUGUGCAAACUAGUGCUCACGAGUGUGAGCAUACAUACGUGUGUGGGUGUGUAAUUGUAAAUAUGGCAUAGGACUCUACGUCACUACAUCAGUUGGAAUUCCCCUUUGGGUUGAUAAAGUCCUUGAGAGGGUGUUCUGCUGUGUGAGCGUAUGUUAUGUAUGUAUGUAUGUAUGUAUGAAUGUAUGUAGUACGUACGUACGUAUGUAUGUUUUGUUUUUGUUUUCUUUUUUGAUAAACAGUGUUUGCAACGUAUACACACACUGCAGACACUGCUGCCUCUCACCUCAGCCAAAGAGUAAUCUUUCUAUCAGUAUUUGUACUUGGUUUGCUGGCCUGUGUGUGUGUGUGUGUGUGUGUGAUGCGUGUGUGUGUGUUGCCACGAGGGCUCGUGUAUAUGUGUUUGGGUGUGUGACUGCCUGUUUUGUGUGCAGAAAAUUGGGUUUUCAUUGGGUUGGGAUUUGAGAAUGUAAGAGAAAAAAAUGUUUUGACAACUGUACAUAAUUUCUUUUUUAAAAUUGAAAAUGUAUUUUUAGCCUGUUUGUGCAAUGGCAUGUAGGGUUUCGUUUUAGUUUUUUGUUUUCUAAAAUGGUGUUUUUGUAUUCAUAUGUGACCCAUCUGCAUUCAUAACUAAAUGAACGGUUACGUAAAUCGAUUUGAUAUAAAUUAUAUUAUAUUGAGUUAUGUAUGUUCAUGGAUACUUAAGGCCACACAAUUUUCCCCCAGAUCUGCCAGUUUCACUUUUUGUUUUGCGUGAUUGAAGUUGUUACCCCACUGUUGUGCCAAACAACUGCUUUUCACAUCUCUAAAUGAAUCAUAGAACAAGGGCAUGCAGGCAAAAUUCCACCCCUUUAUCCAUCCAUGCAUCCAUCCCUCUUUCUGCUUUUGUGACCACAUCAGCUCCUGCUCCAUGCUGUUCAGGCUGUAGUCUCUUCUCGUUGGCAUACUCAGUUCUGCAUAUAUCUUUUCCUGAGUGUGUCCCUUCAUAUUUGGUGCCUUUUAAGAGUGGAAAUGUUACCUUGACACACCAUGACAAAAGAGAACUCUCGUCCUCCGGACCGCUGCGGUGAAUCAUGACCACUAUCAUGGUUUUAGGCGGAUAGCUCAAUUAUCCAGAUAAUUCUGUUUUUCCACAGCGAUUAUCCAGGUGAUUUAGUAUUGGAAAUGAAUGAAUUGGGAAGUCCAGUAUUACUGGCAUCAAAUAUCUCCAACUGUAUUACUUUGCUUUCCUCUUUAGCCUCUGGACUUGGAUCAACAUUUAGGUUAUUUAGACUGGACCGGUGACAUUCAGAUGUUUGUAUCUGUAGUACAAACUAGCCCUUGAUCAUCAGGAAUCUGGUUCCAUUUCAGGUCCUCAAAUGCAUUGUUCUGCUUUUGGUGACACAUAGAACUGCCUUAGAACUGCAGCUACGUUCUCAAAAGUUGGCUGCUGGUUCCUUCUGUGUCAGGACACAGGGGCAGUACAGGCACUGGAGUGACAUACUAAUUGGGUAUGUCUUAAUUUUUUUUUAUUCUUUUGUUUUUCAGUGACACACUGUUAACAGGUGUACAUUUUAUGCUGUCAUUUAAAGUUGUGUCUGGUUGGAUUAUUGCCAUGCUAUUCGACGAUACUGUCAGAAUUUAGUUUUCAUACUUCUGUAACUGGUCUGUGAUUGAGGGCAGACCACCUGGUACUCAAUGUUCCUGCCCAGAGGAGUAUGAAACAGAAACAUAUCUGCUCCCUUUUAAUUCAAAGGGAGAAAAUGCCAAGGUUAAUAUUCUCUGCUGAAAUACUGUGCAAACUUUUACGAAACACAUCACCUAGCAGCCAUUGCCUUUCCCUGACUUCUUCACAGACACAGAUGAGCUCCCUCACAAGGCCUCUGAACAUGGAAAUGGAUCUACUAAGAUGUCACUAAAAUGUGACUGUGAAGGCUUUUGAAUGUAAUCAUUUUUUCCCACUAAGUGAUCCUCAGACCUCACUAAUGUUUAGUUAAUUGAUGUCAUAACCAGAAAAUACAUAUUUUGUCUUGGAAAAAAAUCUCCCUUAGAUUUGGUUUGCAUUGUUACUUUUAAAAUUGGUAUGACUUUUUUUUGUUGUAAUUUAGCCUUAUUUAAUACUUAACGAGUGAGAGGAACAAUGCACACUGACUCUCCAAUGAUGGUGUGAAUUAAGUUUGUUAUAAUUAUGUUUUGGGGAUCUUUAUGUAUCACGGUAAAGUACAGGACAUUUUUUAAUAAAAAAAAAAAAAACAUCUAAAAUUA